GUCUUGUGUCUAAUCUUCACCUAAUCUGAUUAUUAGUUCUUCUUAUCCAGUGAAUACACAAUAAAAGCGAGCCCUUCGAUAUCUGAUCAAAUAAAAAACUGAUAGCGUUAGGAAUCCACGGCCAAACCAAAAGAAAAGCAUGAACCUUGAAUCGGUGAAGCAGUAUCUUGAGGGAGAAGGAGCCGAGAAUGAUGAAGGUGGAAUGGAAAAGGAAUCGAAAGUGGCGAAUUUGCCACACAGAUUCCUCGAGCGAUUCGUAACCAAAGGUAUCAAAGUCGAUCUCAUCGAACCUGGUCGAAUCGUCUGCUCCAUGAAAGUCCCUCCUCAUCUCCUGAACGCAGGCAAUUUCUUACACGGCGGAGCAACGGCGACUCUGGUGGAUUUGAUUGGAUCAGCUGCAAUUUACACAACUGGAGCUACACAGACUGGAGUGUCCGUGGAGAUCAAUGUUUCAUACCUUGAUGCUGCUUUCCUUGACGAAGAGAUAGAGAUUGAAUCAAAGACUUUACGUGUUGGUAAAGCUGUUGCAGUUGUGAGUGUUGAGUUGAGGAAGAAGAAGACUGGUAAGAUCAUUGCUCAAGGACGCCAUACUAAGUACCUUCCUCCCCGAAGUAAGCUUUGAAGAUUCCAUACAACUCAACACUUCCCCAAUUUUUUUUCUUUUUUUAAUAAUCUUCGGCUUGUUAUAACUGAUCAUGGGUUUGCGUGAAUCAGAUACUUAGUGCUAAUAAAACUAAGUGAACAACAUUAACUUUGUUGUAUACUCUUUCCCAAUAUAAAAGUAUGUUCCAUAA